GCUGGCAUCGUGACUGCAGACUUCGCCUCCGGGAUGCUGCACUGGGCAGCCGACACCUGGGGUUCUGUGGACAUCCCUGUCAUUGGCAAGGCCUUCAUCCGCCCAUUCAGGGAGCACCACAUCGACCCCACGGCCAUCACCCGACACGACUUCAUCGAGACCAACGGCGACAACUGCAUGAUCACCAUCCUGCCUCUGAUGCAAAUGGCCUACAAGUUCCUGUCAGCCCUCCCAGAGGCCCUGGCCGAAUCUUACCCCUGGGACUGCUUCGUCUUCGCCCUUGCCGUCUUCGUCACCAUGACCAAUCAGAUCCACAAGUGGUCGCACUCGUACUUCGGGCUCCCGCGCUGGGUAACGCUGCUGCAGGACCUGCACAUGGUGCUGCCACGCAAGCACCACCGCAUCCACCAUGUGUCGCCGCACGACACCUACUACUGCAUCACCACGGGUACGUCCACAAUGGGCCUGCACACAGACCUUCAAGAUGUGUCUGUGUCUCCGUCCUGUCUGUGUCUCCGUCCUGUCUGUGUCUCCGUCCUGUCUGGGUCUCCGUCCUGUCUGGGUCUCCGUCCUGUCUGGGUCUCCGUCCUGUCUGGGUCUCCGUCCUGUCUGGGUCUCCGUCCUGUCUGUGUGAUACACCAUGCUCGUCCCCUCCCUCUUCCACCCUCUAUCACGGAGUGUAAUGCAAAACAUGAAAAACAGCUUUGUGUACUGUGUGUAGGGGGGUGGUUGGAAUAAUGGGUCUUUGUAACCCCCCUCCCCCUUGCAGUACACCACGUUGACCACUAGGGCUCUUUCUCUUGGCUCCCCUGCCUGCUGUUUGCGGGUCCCCAGGGACCCCGGCUGCCUCUCCUUGCCAGUGCGUGACAAUCCACAUGUAUAUUUAAUGGCAGCCUGCUGCCGGGGCUUAACAAAUAGGCCUGCGUGGGGGUAGAGGGAGCCGGGGACAAAG